AUGAGUGAGCAGUGGCACAUGCUUAACAUGUCCCGGCACCUGUCUUCGUAUUGGGUGCUUCUUCUUUGCGUGCUGUUGAUAUGCUUUGGAAGUACGGCUGUGGAUGCCAAAGAGAGAAGUACGCCAAAAAAAGUGCAAAUACAAAAAGCUAUCAAUCUUUUUGUGCCUCAUCGAACGAUUGUGGAAGCACAAGGUGAAAGCCAUACAAUGAAUUAUUUUGUCUCACCUUCCCUCGCCAGUGCUGGUGGAGUGUUGGCCGCUUUUGCUGAGGGUCACACCGACUCUCAACACGCCCAUCAGAAAGAAACUUGGCCCAUUUAUGUUGAUGUUGUGGCGGGGUACAUUGACUCUGCGGAGAGCUGGUCCUCUUUUGUUGAUGAGGUCCGUGCAAACAGAUGGAAGACUUACAACAUCUUUCACACGACCACGCAAGAGGAGCACAACGACUAUCUGAGAUACGCGUACAGACCCACAACAAUUGCAAAGGACAACAAGAUCUUCCUACUUGUGGGAAACUCUUAUCAGAAGUACGAUCCUUCAUCGAGGAACCGCAUUGAAGUCUCACAGGGUCUUGAUUUGUUCGUGGGUGAGGCCACGCAAGAUAAAGUCAUUCAAUGGGGCAAAUCCACCUCGCUUGUACCACAAAUCGAACCAUCUGCUAAACAGCGUGGCGUGAAGGAAGUUCUAGGUGGUGGUGGCUCGGGCGUUGUGAUGGAGGAUGACACGUUUGUGUUUCCUGUGACGGCGAGAAGGACAGGAGACAACGAAGCUGUGUCUAUGAUCAUUUAUUCGAAGGACGACGGCAAAAGUUGGGUGUUUUCACAGGGGAUGCUCCCCGUGGGGUGCACUGACCCCCUCAUCGUUGAGUGGGAGCAGGGGCAGCUUCUCAUGAUUGCCCAAUGCGAUUCGCUCUCCAAGAUGUUCGAGUCGAGGGACAUGGGGGCAACGUGGAGGGAGGCUGUCAGCACACUCACACGCGUGCAUCCCAGGUUUUUACCAGACGCUUGGCGAACAGCUGAGAGAGUGACAUCGCUCACCACUGCGACCAUUGCUGGAAAGAAGGUUAUGCUGUACACUCAGAAAGGGAUUCCCCCUGGGGACACGUUGCAAGCCACCGCCCUCUACCUUUGGGUCACUGACAACAACCGCACGUUUCACGUCGGGCCCAUUUCCAUGGAUACUACAGAGAAGCCGAUGUUAGCCAACACCUUGAUGCACUCGAAAAAUGCGUUGCACCUUUUACAAGAGAGGGUAAGUACAACGACCACAGGUCUGAUUCUUGCUCCCCUAACAGAGCAGCUGAAGACGAUCACGUCCGUCUUGGAGACUUGGGCAAAAAUGGACUCCUUCCUCUCCGAGUUGUCAGUGCCCACGGCCGGUCUGGUUGGGUUCUUGUCGGGUGCAUCAGGUGAAGGAAGUUGGAACGACGCGUACCGUUGCUUGAAUGCAACUGUGACGAAUGCAACGAAGGUCGAAAAUGGCUUUAAUUUCACGGGGUCCGAAUCAUACGCCAUGUGGCCGGUGAACAUGCGGGCGCAUCACUAUGUGCACAGCGUUGUGAAUUACGAGUUUGCGCUCGUGGCGACGGUGACGAUUCAUAAGGCUCCGAACGGGAGCGUUCCUCUGCUGGGCUCGGGCCUGAAUGACAAGGAAAGCACGACGUUUGUGGGGCUGUCGUACACCACAGAGAAACGGUGGGGGACAGUCUUCAACGGCGUCACGAGAAUAACACACAACAACACUUGGGAGCCGGGGAAGGAGUACAAAGUGGCGC